AUGGACGCGGCACAGGGGGGCCGCCAUACAAGCUCCGAUGGAACGACGGCGGGGCUGGUACUGGCUGAGGGCUUGGAGUGUGCAGGAGAGGUGACGGUUGAACAUGGGGCAUUGAGGGACGAGGCGGCUGCGGCUGGAGGGGCAGGGGAAAACGACGUAGCGGGGACUGAGCUGGUGGCUGCUGUGAUACCCAGGAUGGCGGCUGCAACGGUGCCUGAGGGAGCUGCUGCGGCUGCGUCUGCAGCAGAGACGGCGGCAGCGGGCCCGGUGCCUGCUGGCGGUUCUGCCGCUGCCUUUGGCGGCGGCUCAACUUCACCCUCUGCCACCCCACGGGUUGCACAGUCGGAGGCUGAUGAGCCAACUCUGGGCGCGGACCAGGAGCAGACCGCGGAGGUGGCGUUGUCCGUGUCACCGGCACCUGUAACGGCGGCUGUGCUGGCGGCGGCGGUGUCUGCCGCGACUGGGGAGCAGGACGGAGCCCAGACGGCGGAAGACGUGACGACUGCCGCAGCGAGCGCCGAAACGCCUGUUGCUGCCGUGGCCGCAAACAGGCAGGAGCACGGCCAGGCGGAGGGUGAGAUUCCAGGACGCGCGAACGGCGAUUCUUCCGGCGCUGCACGGGCGAAGUCGAAGAAGAAGUUGCGUGCCCAGCCAGCGCCGAGACGGCCCGGAGCAGGGCUGGGACCUGGCUCCCCGGGACCCCUCCUGGGCUGGCUUCUGCAAGGGCAACCGCCAUCAGAGCGAGCGCAUCGGUCGUCAUCUGCGCAUACGCAAGAGGCAGGGGGGGUUUCCGGACUCAAUGAGGCGGCAAAUGAGACGACAGCAACCCACCAAGCAGAUCAGCCAGCCUCCAACCAGGACAACAGAGCAGACGUCCACUUACCGCCAAGCCCUGUCGCCCCAGCCGCAGAAGGCGUUGCCACUCGUCGCUCGGCUCGGCUGGGCACUGUCACGUGGGGUCCUCCAAGGGGAGGCCGUACGCCGUGGAUGCCGGCGGGAAGAGCGGGACUGGAGGCCACGGCUCAAUCGGCGCCGGUGGCGGGCCGGGGUUUACGUGGUAUGGGCCGCGGAAGGCGAGGGGGAGGGCGCGGGGGUGUCGCUCGUCUGGGGGGAGCUGAGAUCCAAGCCCGAACGGGCCCGUGGCGGGAACGUCACGACCGUCCAGAGGCUUCGGAGGCUGCAGCCAAUGGAGACGAAGCCGGCUCUGCUGAGGAGAACGGGGAUCCAGAGUUUAUGUGUGGAGAGGAACCAGGCCCAGAGUCGGAAGAGGUUUCUCUAGAAAACGAGGAGGAAGCGGGGAGAGGGAGGAAUCGAGCGAGAGGCACAGGGGAGGGAGUGGAAGGAGAAACAUCCCACGCUGUGGGAGUGACGGUUCCAGCCGCAGCGGUCGCCAACGAGGUGAAAUCGCCAGCCGCCCUGGCAGAGGAUGACGCCAUCUGGCAGAUAGCAGGCACGUGCAUGGGCGAUCCUGCUAUACCUCCCAAGGCUGACGCUGCGUCCGCCACCAGAGCCAGUCACUGGCAGCCGAUGGGCAUCAAUUGA